AAUCUGUUGAUUUGAUUGGGCACAGAGAUGGCGGUAAGAGGCUGACGUGUUUUUAGCCGCGAUGCAAAGCAAAUAAGUGGUAAAAUUUUACAAAGUGCGCGAAAAAAAAUUUAACAGAACCCAGAUAAAUCGAGUAAUUAAUUAAAUACCGCCAUUAAUUAACCUUUACUGAUAAUUAAUGAUCAAUAUUGAACCUUGUUUCAAGCUUAGUGCUAAUGAUAGACAUUUAAUCGGGACAAUUGGUGAUAUUUUAUAAAACGACCUUUGCUAGUGUUUAUACAUUAGAUAUAAUACAUUAUUUAACCCACCAACAGCAGCAGCGGUUUACAUUCCAGUGCAUUCUGGGAUAGCAAUGGUGGGCGCGUGAUUUUGAACAAAUUCCGUGAUAACAAUAUAACUAACCAGGAUUGGCACAUUUGUGCAAUGGCGAGUAUAAAAUCAGAAGCUGCUUUGGAAUCGUCUGGGGAGGACGCUCUGAAUAUGGAGCACAGUUCUGAGCAGUACACCACCGAGUAUGACCAAUUCGCCAGCAUCGAAGCCGAGUUGGAGUCGAUGAACGCCGAGGAGGUGACGACCACUGAAGAGGAGAUUGUUACGGUAGAAGAGCACGUGGAGACCGAAGAAAUCAAUGAAGACGUAGAAAUGGCUGAAGUCUCUGAAGAGCACGAGGAGACUGAAGAAGCUGAGAUUGAGACUGAGAUUGAAGCUGAGCACGAACCUGAGCACGAGCUUGAGCAUGAACCAGAGCCAGAAGUAGAACCAGAACCAGAGCCAGAGCCAGAGGUGGAACCAGAAUUAGAACCUGAACCUGAGCUAGAACCUGAGGUUACUUUUAAGCCUGUUUCUAAGGUUACACAAAAUACGUAUCAAAAUAAAUCAGCUGCUCGAGCUUCUAUGUCUAAUAUUCAGCCAAAAGCAACAUCAACACCAUCAACACAGAGCCAGUCAAUAAUGCUAGUAUCCCCAGGAGGCCAAGGACCAAGUCAAUUUCUCAAAAUAUCCCACUCAACACCAACGUCAAGCUCCCAAUUACAAACAAUAGGACACUCUCUAAUAACCGCCAAGUCUGCUGAGGGAAAUAUAGUACACCUUAGAUCAGCUCACCCCGGAAAGCCCCAUGUCGCUACCUGUCAGUCUGGAAACAUAACUCUGACUAACGUCCCGCCAAUCUCAAAGAUGACCGCGACGUCAAUGAAACGACCAGCGCAGUCUCAGAACAAGAAUGUGUUUGCCAAGAUGAUAAUUUCUGGAAGUAAAGGCCACGAAGUCACCGAGGGUUCUCCAGCAGGUCCUACUUACAAAGUCGUAACUUCCGGAGUGAGUCAAGGAAUUUCCAGCUCUACCAAGACGAUAACUCUAGCGCAAGCCCAGCAGAUGGGUCUCAUGCCACCUGGGAAAGUCCAACACAUUCUACCGUCUCCUCAGCAGAAGGGAAUCGUCAAUAAAGUCAUUCAGACUUCGUCGCAGCCGCCAAAGUUGACUCUCAUCCCCACAAGUUCCAUGAAAACUCCGGCUAAAAUUCUUCCCGCUCCGACUACGCAAGCCAGGUCCUCACAGUUUGUUAAUUCCAAGCCCGGAACGCCGCAGAACUCGCAGAAGGUGAUAAUCAGACAAAGCGCGCUUAAACCCGGGUCAGUUGUCAGCAGCGGGCAGAUAAUAAGAAUUCCAGCUAAUCAAAAUAUUGUCACGUCGAACCAACUUCACCAGAUUCAAGUUCCUGGACGGCAAGUUCAGUAUGUGAGAUUAGUUAGCACGGCUCCGGCGACGACGACUAAUGUUGUGACUGUUGGUAAGCCCAAGGUUGGAGGGACAGUUCAGUCGGUUGGAAUCACCCAAAAAAUUGGCGGUCAGCAACAGAUUAUCAAAGUUUUACCGCUCAACACUUCUGGGAAUCACCAGCUUAGGACAGUUGCUCCCAAGUCGACGAUCACCACCAGCGGUGGAACUCAGAGAUUGCUGAUACCUGCUUCAGGAAAUUCAACGAAGAAUGCACUGGCCAUUCCAGCCUCUGCUUUGAGCCAACUCACUUCAGGACAAGCUGUUCUGUCGACGGGCUCUAACAUGGGAAAUAUUGUCGUCUUGCCGGCUCAGUACAUUCAGCAGCAGAAUGCGGAUGAUAAAAAUAAAUCUACUGUUAUUAGCUCGCAGUCCUCUUCGGGAGGUAAUGUUCAGUCGAUAACUAUCAGCGAUGUUCCGAAAAAUAAAUCUAAUUUGGAGCCCAAUGGUAUCAGACCACGGAAGCCCUGUAAUUGUACCAAGUCGCAGUGUCUUAAAUUGUACUGCGAUUGCUUUGCAAAUGGUGAGUUUUGUCACAUGUGUAACUGUAACAACUGCUCGAACAAUCUCGGGAAUGAAGAAGAGAGACAACGUGCUAUUAAGUCGUGUCUCGAACGCAAUCCAAGUGCUUUUCGUCCCAAGAUUGGAAAAGCUCGUGAAACUGGAGAUGAUAUACGAAGACACAACAAGGGAUGCAAUUGCAAACGCAGUGGGUGUCUUAAAAAUUACUGCGAAUGUUAUGAGGCGAAAAUUCCUUGCUCAGGUAAUUGUAAAUGUGUAGGCUGCAGAAAUAUUGAAGAUCCAACUGUUGAGAAGAAAACUUUGAAAGAUUUAGCAGAAGCUGUUGAAGUUAGGGCAGCUCAGUUGACACUAAACAAAACAAAGAUUCAACAACUUUCGGAAAUGGCUUUCAGAGUUCCUGCUGCUUCUAAUUCUGGUGCUAGACAACCAUUUAAUUUCUUGACUGACAAAGUCGUAGAGAUAACAUGCCAAUGUUUGAUGGCGCAAGCCGACGAAGCUGAACGCAGUAUGUUCGACGAGGAUACAUCCGAGAGGAUGAUAAUCGAAGAAUUCGGUAGAUGCCUGAAAGAAAUAAUUGACUCGGCCCACAAAGCCGAAACAGCGACUUAGCAAAUGACCCCUGAAUCUCCAUCUAUGGGGUAAACGUUUUGAGGAUUCUGAUUACGUCAGACACCAUGUGUACAAUUUAUAAAUAUUAAGCGUUUAAUUAAAAGUAAAACAAAAAUAAUUAUGUGUUGAACUAACGGGUUAACCAAAGACGGUUUGACGAUAUUUUUGCAUUUCUUAUUUUACAAGUGAUAGAACACAACAUUGUUAUUGAAUUAUAUUAAUUUU